UAAAGCCUGACAAUGAAUUAACUCAAUUACCUCAGCGCGGCCAAAAGUUCACCCUCCCUUCCACCCUCCACCGGACUUUUAAGCCAAUAACCGCUCGCUCUGGUUUGUAAAGAGGGGAGGAGCGGCGGCGUUGGGGUGCUUAAAUACCAGGGCUCACACGCCUCCGAGCUGACACUCACUCCAGGAUGGAGCUGCUGCCUGGGCACGGCUUCUCUUCCCUGCUGCUUCUACUGCUGCCUCUGCUGGCAGCUGGGCUCUGGGCACCGCCGGCUGAUGCUCACUCCCUUUGCUACAACAUAACUGUCAAUCCCAAGGCCAGACCCAGACAGCAACGGUGUGAUGUUCAAGGUCACGUGGAUGACAGGAUGAUUCUGCACUGUGAUUGCAGCUUCACUCAGAUCAGCUUUUUUGACCCCCUUGGGAGGAAAGUGGAUGCCAUUGACAACUGGGCAGAGCAGACAGAAAUGCUGCGAGAUGUGGUGGACACCCUCAAUCAGCAAGUGGCUGAAAUGAAACAUUCCACAAGCAAGGAUCCCCCGAGCUUGCAGGGCAGGAUGUGCUGCUGGUGUGGAGCCAGCGGCGGCAGGCACGGGUCCUGGCAGUUCAGCUUCGAUGGACAGAUCGGCCUCCUCCUUGACCCAAACGCCAGAAAGUGGACAGAGGUUCAUCCUGGGGCCAGCUGGAAUAAGACGACCUGGGAGAAUGACAGGCAGCUGACUGAGUUCUUGCGGAAGGUGUCCAUAGGAGACUGCCCAAGGUGGCUGGGGAAAUUCUUGUUGCCCUGGAAGGUGAUGUUGGAGACUACAGCGCGGCCACCCACAACCUUAGGAGUAGUUGCAUCCAAGGCCACGGCCACCAUGCCCAUGCCCUGGGCCUUUUUCCUGCUCCUCACCAGCUCAGUCCUCCUUGUCGUGCAAGGGGAGCCAUUCUGAGUGACAGGGCUUCUCCCAUCUGUGAUGCUGGAAUCACAACCACAGUGACCGCACUGCUGACAUGACACUGCCUAUCUGGGACAUUCACCACUGGGUGCCUUUGGAGUUGUUGGGCCAUGGAAAGUGCUUGCAGCCCUCUUGGGCCUCUGGGGUCUACUCACGUCGAGCUGUGUGCAUUGAGAGCUCCCCUACCCAGGGACUUUGGCCUCUGACUUCUUCUUCUGGGAAGCAGGACAAGCCUCUGUCUCCUGUGACCUCAUCAGGCUGAGGAAGGAUGUAGGCCCUGCCUAGGCCAGGAGCCCAGAUUCCGUGCUGAGUGGUCCAGAGUCUGUAUAUGGAAGCGUUAGGCUUGAGGGAACAAGGGAAGUCCUAGGAAACUUGGUCGAAGAGACCCUUUUAUUUUUUAAGCUUUGUAUCAUUGACACCUGGAAUAGCCCAGUUUAAGAUCCAAGUUAUAAAGAGAAACACGGAAUAUAAGAAGGAGAGUGACUGCAAGCAGCCGUGCCAGUGAGAGUUUGAAUCCAGACUGCAAGACAAUACCUGUGUCCUUCUUCUUGUGUUAGUUUCUGUACCAUUUUGUUUUUAUGUAUUGAUUCUGUAUUUUAACCUGUCAUGAGCCGUUAGCCCAAGUUCAGGAACAUUGGUGCUAUGACUUGGAUCACAUCUCUUCACUAGCUAUGCCUUGUCAUUCCCUGUUCUACCAAUGGCCCAGCGACCCAAUGCAGCACACUCCACUGUGGGAGAUCCCGUGAGACUGCCUGCCUAGCCCAUGCAGUUAUCUGAGUGCUGGCAGGCCCAGGAGCCCCAGGAAUGUUUCCCCCAGUCCUGCCUCUGCCAAUCAGGUAAACCGCUCCUGGGUGUGGCCCAGGCCCACCUGGAAAGCUAGGAGCCUAUGUGACCUUCAAGCUGAUUGAGAAGCAUAGUGGCACCAAUACCACCUUCAGCUAUAGAAUUAGUGCUGCCCUGAAUCGGUUAUGUGCCCUCUGCCUGCCCUUUACAAGGUGUGCUUGGUGCUAAUAAAGCUGUCGUGUGCCCUGAAACUUGUUUCCGAUGUGUCUUAUGGAAGAGUGCUGGUGCCCCACCCAUGCAGACAGUGUGCGGGACUCCCAGGAUGAGCCCGCCAC